CAGAUCGGCGGCGGCAGGGGCCGAGUUCACAGCUGCGGGCACACCUCCGUCAGAGCGGCGACGAGCAGCGGGCGGGCGAGAGGGGCUCACCGGCGCUGAGGAGCCGUGCAGCGCCGACCUCAGCGAGUACAGAGAGGAGGAGACCGGCGAGCUGACCCGAGACUAGGUCACGAACAUCGAGAUUCGUCAGUCUUCAGGACGGCAGUCGGCACUGGUUAAAUUCACCGGUACACAAGCCUGGUGAAGCAGCUCACAGGUGCGACAGGCGGCGUCCGUGCUCGUGACGCGUCACGGCGGAACUGUGACGCCCCCGGACGGUGUCACACGGUCACCCGUCACUCUGUGUGUCCGAGGUGCAGCGCCGUCACAUCACUGACGGACCGCUGACCGGAGUGGCGCCAUGGCUAGCCAGUACACAGAGAUGAGCGAAGCCAAUGGCAAACAGACGAAGGAGCCCAUCACGACAGCACAAACGCCCGAUAUGAACGGGAAAGGAGCAAAAAAUGUCGAUGCAGAAGGAAACGCGGGCGCCGCCGACCAGGAGCGGGACCAGUGGAGCAGUCCGAUUGAGUUCCUGCUCUCCUGCGUGGCCAUGUCGGUCGGCCUGGGAAACGUGUGGCGCUUCCCGUUCACGGCGUAUGAGAACGGAGGCGGCGCCUUCCUCAUCCCCUAUUUGGUGGUGCUGCUCUUCAUCGGAAAGCCGCUAUAUUUCAUGGAGCUCGCCAUGGGCCAGUUCUCGUCGUACGGCUGCGUCCGAGUUUGGAACGUGGUGCCGGCCGCCAGAGGUGUCGGGUACGGCCAGAUGAUUGGCACCGCCUCCGUCGUCUCCUAUUACGUGGCGCUGAUGGCGCUCACCGUGUUCUACUUCUUCGCGUCGUUCUCGGCGGUGCUGCCGUGGACCUACUGCGACCCGAGCUGGGCCGACAUGAGCCACUGCGUCGACCCGACCACCAACAUCUCGGAGCUGAACCACACGCACGGAGAUGACAGCCUGAUCGGAUCCACCGAGAUGUACUUCAUGAGGAACGUGUUAAAGGAGCUACCCAACAUCGACGACGGUAUCGGGGCGCCCGAGUGGCGACUGACGCUCUGUCUGGCCUUCUCGUGGAUCGUGCUGUUCCUGACGCUGGUGAAGGGUGUCCAGAGCUCCGGCAAGGUGGCCUACUUUACAGCGCUGUUCCCGUACGUGGUUCUGAUCACCCUGCUGGUGCGUGGGCUGACGCUACCCGGCGCCAUGGAUGGGGUGCUCUUCUACCUGGAGCCGCAGUGGCACGAGCUGCUCAACCCAAAGGUGUGGUACGCGGCGGUGACGCAAUGUUUCUUCUCACUCUCCACCGGCUUCGGAGCGCUCAUCAUGUUUUCCAGCUACAACGGCUUCAAACACCCCGUCGCCAGAGACGCCACCAUCAUCAGUAUCACGGACAUGCUGACCUCCUUCCUGGCGGGCUUCACCAUUUUCGCCAUCCUGGGUAACCUGGCCCACGAGCUGGACACCACGGUUGACCAGGUCAUCAAGGGCGGCGGCACGUCACUGGCCUUCAUCUCGUACCCGCAGGCGCUGGCCAACUUCCACACACUUCCACAGUUGUUUGCGGUGCUGUUCUUCCUGAUGCUGUUCACGCUGGGCGUGGGCUCGGCCACAGCUCUGACCGGCUGUAUCAUCACUGUCGUGUGUGACAACUUCCCCAACUGGGCGCGCUGGAAGGUCUCCGCCGGCAUCUGCAUUGCCGGCUUCCUCAUCGGACUCAUCUACGUCACACCGGGCGGUCAGUUCCUGCUGAACCUGGUGGACUACUUCGGCGGCGGAUUCAUCAUCUUCGUGCUGGCCACGCUGGAGACGAUCGCCAUACACUGGGUGUACGGCAUCAACCGCUUCUGUGACGACAUUCAGUUCAUGAUCGGCCAGCGGCCCAACAUCUACUGGCGCUUCUGCUGGGCCGUCUUCAUCCCCAUCUCACUGAUCGCCAUCUUCAUCUACUCGCUGGUCAAGAUGGAGCCGCUGCUGUACGGAGAUGUCGGGUACCCGGACAUCGCCAUCAACUGCGGCUGGGUGCUGACUGGCUGCGCGCUGGUCCCGCUGCCCGUCUGCUUCAUCCACGCCAUCUACGAGAGCCCCCACAGCGGCCUGAUGAACAAGAUCCGCCACUCGUUCCAGCCGAACCGGCAGUGGGGCCCGAUGAGGUCGCUGGACCGCGAGGCGUGGCUCAUCCACACGGGCCAGGAGGAGCGACUGCACGGCACACAGGCCAACCUAAACGCCGCGUUCGCCGCCAGUACGGCUGAGCUGGACACGGCAGGAGGAGGGGACGCCCCAGCUGAGCCUGAGACCCGUACACAGCUGUAGGGUCAAUCAGCAGAGAGAUUGCGGAGGUGCGGUGUAUACGACGGCUGGUGGAGCGGUUAGGAGGGUAAAAGAAAGAGAUUUGGAAGAGAGAGAGAGAGAGAGAGAGAGAGAGAGAGAGAGAGAGAGAGAGAGAGAGAGAGAGAGAGAGAGAGAGAGAGAGAGAGAGAGAGAGAGAGAGAGAGAGAGAGAGAGAGAGAGACCCACAAGUAUGUGCUGUGCGAUGAGCAGGAUUAUUGCGGGAUAUGGAAGAGCCCCGAUCGAGUGAGUAUGUCCCAGUCGCUGCGGAGACGGAAGUGUUUCCUAUUUAAACUACAUCCCCACCCACAUGGAGGGAUGUAGUUACGACGUGUACCGAUGAGAGAUUCGGUGUGAUACACUGUGGUCAAGAUAGUGAGGUGGGUGUGUGUCUUCGGUAACGCGGGUCAGACAUGGCAUCUGAUAUCUGAGGAACGUAUAAUGAACUGAAGUGGGCAUUAGCUACCAAUUAGCACAACAAUCCAGCAAUAAUUGUGUUGACUCAUCCGAGAAAGUUGAAAUGCACGAGCUGGCUACCCACGACAAACGUUGUGAUAGGGACAAAAGGCGAACUAUACUCUGUUCCGUUUCAAGCUUGCAGCCGAAGUGCCCUGCUGAAAGCAGGGCGUGAUUUCUGUAUAUACAGCUCUUACAUUUUAAGACACAAAUUCUUGAGCGGAGGAGCAAUCUGCCGAAGAAACUCCGACUGCAAGCUUGAUAUGGAACAGACUAUAUAGCAUCUACAAAUUUUAUAGCAUCUACAAAUUUAGACAUCUUUGGGUUGUAGGAACUCCGUGAAUCAUAAUGAUAUCCCGUGGGACCAACUACGCAAAAAGUAAUUUAAUUAAGAACAACUUUAAAAUGUAUUCCGUCCAAGAAUCCUGUCCAUAUUUCAUGACUGUCUUGCAUGAUUGAUCGCUUAUGAUUGUCGCCAUUUGCAUGAGAAGUGUCAGAUUGUAGCACGUUGGAUAGACAUCUCACUGCGGCUAGGUAAACUAACGAAACUAAAGGCGUACUGAGAAAGGAGAUGGGCGAAAGUUUUAGCUUAGAUCGAGUGAUUGAGCAUUUGAACAAGGCAUUGUACCAUGGUAUCACGUAUCACGAUGUGCCGAGUGUCUGACACGAUGCAUCGAGUUUCUUAUUAUGUAUCUUGGUCUGACACGACCAGACCAGGCCAAUGGACUUCUUUGAAUAGUUUUAAGCGUGCAUUUUAUGUAGUAACGGUGUAACGCUGUAAUUUAUUAAGUAACACUGAUUUGAAAACCGACAGAAACCGAAUAUUCUGCGGUUCCCAUUUACGAGCAAUUUGUGUGUGUAUUACCCGUACGAGGAAGCUGGUUAAAUGUACGUACGAGCAUCAGGCCUUAUGUGAAGUCGUGAGUAGCGCGAACACAGUAGGUAUGGCAGCAGUGAUUGUCUUUUGUUAUGUGGCUUCCUUGAUUAUGCAUCUAUGCUGUCAUGUGGAAACUUGAGGACGCACAAUGGCGGUAACAUACGAUAAUUGUGAAUAUAUGGAUGUCCAAUUACAUGAAUACAUACUACAUAUGUAACAAG